CCGUAUUAUAACAAUGCACUUAUAUGCCCAUAAUCCGUUUCAUAAUGAUACCCAUUACGAUACAGAUUUUUCAUUACGAUACAGAUUUUUAAUCAAUAGAAACCCAUAAUUUUUCAAUCAAGCAUGCUGUGCAUUUGACGUUUAUCCUAGGUUCCUAUGUAAUUGUUUUAGAUGUCAAAAUCAGUACGUAUUAAAUUUUCGUAGAUACCUAGCUAAACUUCGAUAAUUUAUCAAAAUGUCUGAUAUCAGCGAUAUAGAAGAAUUACCAUCGACUCCUCCACACAUAUCGGAGAAAGCAGAAAAUGCAGUUCAAAAUAUUUUACCCCAAAAAUCUAAGAAAGUGUACGAAAAACUUUAUCAACGGUUUAUGGACUGGAGAAAUACAAAUAAUAUUUCGACAUUCUCCGAAAAUGUUUUUAUUGCUUAUUUUCAAGAAUUGAUGGAAACUAUGAAAUCAUCUAGUACAUGGACACAUUAUUCAAUAAUAAAAACGUUGGUAAAUAUAAACCAUAAUAUAAACAUUUCUAAAUAUAAUAAACUACAAGCUUUAUUAAAGCGAAAGGCCGAAGGAUAUGUUGGAAAAAAAGCAAAAAUAUUUUCACCUGAACAAAUAAAAACGUUUAUCGACGAAGCACCCGAUGAACGGUUUUUAUUUUUAAAAGUAGCAAUGAUUUUUGGAAUAAUGGGAGCAUGUCGGAGGCAUGAACUACAUGACCUAAAAUGUCAAAGAUAUGAAUGGAAUCUUAAUUGUUAA